UUAAAAUUCAUUUACAACAUGUUGGCAACUAUCUAUGUAGGAAAUUAGACAGAUUAUUUUAAGAGAUCUGUGAAAUGCCAUCGGGGAGUCAUAUUUUACCCUAGACACCUGUCCCUCAAAGCCACCGAGCAUGAAGUAUUGUCACCAAUGCACAUCGGCUGUCUGGAGCAUUUGUGGAAGCAUUACCCGUCAGCUGCAUGCCUAGACCCCAGAAAAGCGCUCUGUCCGGACAGUGACACCGUGCAAGGCUGAGCGACAUGUCCAGGGCACAGAUCUCAGCUCUGGUGUUUGGUGUCGGAGGCCUCGGAGCUCUUGUGGCUGCCACCACAUCCAACGAGUGGAAGGUGACCACGCGUGCGUCGUCGGUGAUCACGGCCACUUGGGUUUACCAGGGUCUGUGGAUGAACUGUGCAGGUAACGCGUUGGGUUCCUUCCAUUGCCGGCCACACUUUACUAUCUUCAAAGUGGAAGGUUAUAUCCAGGCGUGUAGAGGACUUAUGAUCUCUGCUGUCAGCCUGGGCUUUUUUGGUUCCAUAUUUGCACUCUUUGGAAUGAAGUGUACCAAAGUCGGAGGCUCAGAGAAAGCCAAAGCGAAAAUCGCUUGCUUGGCUGGGAUUGUAUUCAUACUGUCAGGGCUGUGCUCAAUGACAGGCUGCUCCCUGUAUGCAAACAAGAUCACAACAGAAUUCUUCGAUCCUCUCUUCAUGGAGCAAAAGUAUGAGUUAGGGGCGGCUCUGUUCAUCGGAUGGGCAGGAUCCUCGCUGUGCAUCAUUGGUGGUGUCAUCUUUUGCUUUUCAAUAUCCGACAACAACAAAACACCCAGAAUGGGUUACACAUACAAUGGGCCCACUUCUGCUGUGUCGUCUCGGACCAAGUAUCAUGGUGGAGAAGGAGAUUUUAAAACCACAAACCCAGCAAAACAGUUUGACAAAAAUGCUUAUGUCUAAAAGAUCUCUGCUGGCAAGCUGUAUCUUGAGUUUGUUUAUAAAGGUGGACUGUUCACAAAAUGAUCCCGCCAAGGCCCUCCUCCUGAAAUUAACCCUCAAACGCUUUUGAAAAUAUGACUUUGGAGAAUUUGUUGAUUUGGAUUGGAUGUAAAUGUUCUUACUGUGUUAUGCUAAUCAUUUUCUGUUGUGGCUUUCUAUAAAAAAAAUAAAGAGGUUAUUUACAGGAUUUGUAUAUUUUAUACCUUUGGAGAACCUAUGAAGAACAAAGGUUGAGGAGGUAUUCAGAAGGUGGUCUUUUCGAUCUUUUAGGUCUCUGAGCCCCAUUCCUCAUUUUACUUAGAUUAUUAGACAGAGGCACAUAAUGAAUGGUGACUGGUAAACAGGAUGGGGACAGCCUGAGACUUAUUCCUCACAUGUGCAAAUUAAACAGACGUGUUAUUGUCUGCUGCGUAGAACUGGCUUGAAUUUCCUACACGCCUCGGUCAGGCCUGCCAUUCACAGUGAUGGCUUAGAGGAAGAGCUCGUGGGGCCAAGAUGUUACAGGCCUGUAAGUGGCAGCCACGCUGCAUGGGCUUCUCUGACGACACAAAAAGCAGACUCCACAGGAAACAGGUCGUGAAAUCGACUGAGCUGGGGCCGUGGGCACUAGCUGACUCUUGAAAGCCAGCGGGGGCAGUCCUGGAGCCUGUGUGGCACCUGCCUCUCCCAGAAGCGAGGAGCUCCUUUCCAGGAUCCCCUGUGUAGGGAGAUGCAUUGGGUAACUGAGAGGCCUGACAUUUGUCAAGGCAGGGAAGCUGUUCCAGUGAUUUCUGAACAAAGCAUGGAUGUAUUCUUAGCGCCAGCCCCACGUCUAAUAUGCCCAUGUCACCACUGACAUCAAGCCUGUGAGCCCUGACACGCCCAGCUUCAAGCCACCCUUGGUGGUUUGCACGCCUCUGCUCUCCUGCACGCAGAGAAGGAAAUGAAGGCAGCGACGGAGCCAGGACUUGACGCUUGGACGGUCUAGGGUAAAACCAAGUUUCACGCAGUGGGUAAGAACUGGUACCAGUGUUACCUGCUAGAAACUGUCCAGUAUGAAUCACGGCAUGGGUGUCGACUUUCCUGAAGCGUGAAGGACUUCAAAAGAAAAUCACAUUGUUUGGAGGUAUUCAGUGGAAAAGGGAAAUGAACAUUUGUUA